GAAGAACUAAUGUCUUCACACAUAAUAUCAUUCAAAUAUAAAAAUAUAUCAUACAUGUUCAUCAUGGGUAUCAUACAUAUACAGCAUACAAUCACGAGUAUCAUACAUAUACAGCAUACAAUCACGGGUAUCAUACACAUACAGCAUACAAUCACGGGUAUCAUAAAUGACACACGCAUCACGAGUAAGAAUAUCUAUAUCUACAAUUGUGAAACCGAUGAUUUACAUAUUUAAUCCAAGAUUAAAUACAGUAUAUCCAUUCCUAACGGAAUGGUCUAAAUCAUAAGUACCUGGCUAGUUCAAUCUUCCUCCGCUGUCCACACUCUAUACCAAUAGUGAAUAUGUUAUAAAGCUCUAGCAUAUUUUCAGAGGCAUUAUCUAUC